AUGAUCAAAUCAAUUUCAUCGUUUAUUAUACUUUUUAUUUUAUCUAUUAAUGCCAAAAUUAUACUUUCCUAUUCCAUAUAUUAUAGAAGAAUUCCAACUUUAAACAAAAACAAUCGUCAUAAUCGUCGCGUUGUGAAUUACGAAAAAGGAUCAAGGAUCUCGAUUCCAUCAUUUAAUUCACUUCCCAAUUAUUUUCAACCUUCAAAUACUUUUGAUAAUUUCCAAACAUCAAAAUUAUCAAAUGGAUUCAAUGAUGAAAUAGAUGAUGGAAUAGAUGAUUUAGGAUUCACUCAUUUAAAUCACCUUUUUCCUGGGUCGAAUCAUUCUAAUGAAAAUCAUAAACAGUCUCCUGUACCAACAAAUACUACAGUUGUAAUACAAGCCAUGAUUGAAAUCCCUCAAUCAAAUGCUACAGCUAAUGAUAAACCAACUUAUCCAAAAUCACGUUCCUUAUAUUCUAAAUUAAAAAAAAGGAAAGAAAUCUGCAUAGGACAAAAUCGAGAAUUGCCAAUUUAUCAAAAAACUGAACCUUCAAAACAAAACCCGGAGGGACUUUAUGGACCCGGACCUGGACUUUGGUUGUAA